AUGGAAUCAAAUGAAUCAGGAUUUCAAUCACGAGGACAAAUUCUUGAUUAUUUUCAAGUUGUAACUUGUUUUAAUUUCGAAGAUUCAAUUCGUUUUCUUGAUCAAUAUCAAUGGAAUGUAAAGGACGUAUCCAAUCUUGUUGUAAUGGGUGAAAUUAAACGAAUUGCUCUUGUUGCUCACAAUAAUAAGAAGACAGAAUUGAUUGAAUGUCUUCGACAACAUCGUGAUACACUUGCUAAACAUAAAUUGUAUGGUACUGGCACGACUGGGUCAUUAGUAGAAAAAGAACUUCAAGUACCAGUAACUAAAUUUGAAAGUGGUCCUUUAGGUGGUGAUCAGCAAUUGGGUGCAAAAAUUACUUCACGAGAACUUGAUAUUCUUAUUUUUUUUAUUGAUCCUUUGGAUUCUCAUCCUCAUAAUUCCGAUGUGCAAGCACUGCUUCGUUUAACGCAAGUUUAUGGUAUUGUCUGUGCUACAACUGCUGCUACCGUCGAUUUUCUACUUAGUUCAACAAAGAUGAACGAACCUCAUCUACGAAAAAUACACUUAGGUCAACCUGUGAAACCAAAAUAA